AUGAGACUCACAGUGGAUAUACUCAACACAUAUGGCGUGUCUUCGGCGGGUAUCGAUAUCCUGAGGUCCCUUGGUUUGGUGACAGUUUCCGAUCAAGCUUCUUUAGACACUGAUUCCUUGGCUCAACAAGGGUUCAACAGAAAGGAUGUGGAUACUCUAACUCGACUAGCGGUUGAGGUUGGGCAAGAGAGUAUUAAUGAGAGAUUUGAGGAAAUUCAGGAGGAACUGAGGAAAUUUUAUGAUCUCGGAGACGAUGAUGUUGUUAGUCAUGGGUAUAUCCUCGCUCUCCUGUGA